AUGGGGUACUGGAAGGACGCAUCCGACCUCCCAACCGCCUGCGCCGCCCUGCUCCAGCAGGUCCUCAUCACCGCCGGUCUCCUCGACCCAUCCGGCGGUCCAGCCCACCACCCACCGCAGACGCGCUUCCGUCUCGUCGACGUCGGCAUCGGCUGCGGCGACCAGACUCUCGAGCUGCUCCGCGCGCGGCGCUUCACCCCGUCCGCAUCCACAGACGCAAUCACAGAAGAACCGUUGUUCGACAGCUACGUCGGCAUCACCGAUCUCCCGCUCCAAGCGGAUGUCGCGCGGCAGCGCCUCCCGCCCAGUUCCGCAGCGCACGCGCACGCGCACAUCUUCGCCGCGGACGCAGCGGACCCAACUACCUGGCCGGCAGACCUACAGUCUACCCUGCAGUCUGCCGACGCUGACGGCAAGCAGACACAGACCUGGCUGCUCGCGCUAGACACGCUCUACCACUUCCGGCCCUCGCGCCGGCCGCUGCUGGCGUACGCGAACGGCUCGCUCCGCGCCUCCUUCAUGGCCUUUGACCUCCUCCUUGCCGACGGCGCGUCACCCUGGCAGAAACUGCUCCUGUGGAUGGUGUGUUGGGUGGCCCGGAUGCCGGUGGGGAACUUUGUCACGCGCGCCGAGUACGAGGCGCUCCUUGUGCGGGCGGGGUAUGCGCUGGAGCGGGUGGAGAUUGUUGAUGUUUCGAUGCAUGUGUUUGGGGGGUUGGCGGGGUUUAUUUGGCGGAGGGAUAGGGAGUUGCGGGCGUAUGGGCUGUCGGUUGGGCGGUAUCGGGUUGCGGCGCGGGUGUUUGACUGGUGGGCGCGGACGGGGGUGGUUAGGGGGGUUGUGGUUGUUGCUCGGUUGUGA